AUGGCUGCAGCGGAGCCGGUGACCUUCGAGGAGGUGGCUGUGUAUUUCACGGCGGAGGAAUGGGCCCUGCUGGACCUGGGUCAGAGAGCCCUGUACAGGGACGUUAUGCAGGAGAAUUAUGAGACCAUGACCUUGCUGGGAUUUCCAGUUUCCAAACCAGACCUCCACUCCUGGCUGGAAGGAAGGGAGGAGCCGUGGGUCCCCGAUCUCCAGGGCUGUGAGGAAAGGGAGAUCCCAAGCGAUGCCCACACAGGUGGUGGGACGGUGAGUGAGAAUGAGGAGGAGAAUCCUCAACACGAAGAUCCUGAGCGAGUGGAACCACAGGGGACGGUAUCGAGAAGAGGUGAAGGGGACGUUUCCGAGAGUCCCAAGCAGGGAGAAACCCAUGAGAGUCAGAGCAGCGCAGAGAGGCAGCAGGGAAACCACUCGGAAGAGACACUGGUUAAAUCCACUCACAGCAGAAGAGGAGUGAAGAAAGUCAAAGAAAUUAUUCAACAGAAAAUCCCCACUGGAGAGAGACCCUAUGUGUGCGGUGACUGUGGGAAAAGCUUCCGGUACAGAUCAGAGCUUAUUAGACAUCAGAGAAUCCACACGUGCGAAAGACCUUACAAGUGUCCAGACUGUGGGAAAAGCUACAGACACAGGUCAACCCUUAGUGGGCAUCGUACACUGCACACUGGAGAGAAGCCCUAUAACUGCCCUGACUGUGGGAAAAGCUUUGGUCAGCGCUCACUCCUUAUUCAACAUCAGAGACUCCACAGCGGGAAGAAACCCUACAAAUGCUAUGAGUGCGGGAAAAGCUUCAGUCGGAACUCAAACCUCCUAUCACAUCACAGAACUCACACAGGAGAGAAACCCUUUAACUGCCCUGACUGUGGGAAAAGCUUCAGAUACUGGUCAACCCUUUUCAAGCAUCAGAGAAUCCACACAGGAGAGAAGCCCUAUAACUGCCCUGACUGCGGGAAAAGCUUUGGUCAGCGCUCAGCCCUUAUUAAACAUCAGAGACUCCACAAAGGGGAGAAACCCUACAAAUGCAAUGAGUGCGGGAAAAACAUCAGUCGGAAACACCUCCGAUCACAUCAGAGAAUCCACACAGGAGAGAAGCCCUAUAAGUGCGCUGAGUGUGGGAAAAGCUUCAGGAACAGCUCAAUCCUUAUUCUCCAUCACAGAAUCCACACGGGAGAGAGACCCUAUGAAUGUAGUGAGUGCAGGAAAAGCUUCCGUCAGAAGAACGCCCUUCUAUCACAUCAGAGAACCCACACAGGAGAGAGACCCUAUGAAUGUCUUGAUUGCGAAAAAAGCUUUAGGAACAAGGCACACCUUAUUAGACAUCAGAGAACCCACACAACAGAGCGACCCUAUGAAUGCCUGGAUGAGUGUGGGAAAAGCUUCACUCGGAAGUAUUCCCUUCUCUUACAUCAGAGAACCCACACGGGAGAGAGACCCUAUAACUGCCCUGUCUGCGGGAAAAGUUUCUAUGAGAGAGCAGCCCUUAUUCAACAUCAGAGAAUCCACACGGGAGACAAACCCUACAAAUGCAAUGAGUGUGGGAAAAGCUUCUGUCGGAACACAUACCUCCUAUCACAUCAGAGAAUCCACACAAGGGAGAAACCCUAUAACUGCUCUGACUGUGGGAAAAGCUUCAAUCAGAGCUCAGCUCUUAUUGAACAUCAGAGACUCCACAUGGGAGAGAAACCCUACAAAUGCAGUGAGUGUGGGAAAAGCUUCACUCGGAAGUAUUCCCUUCUCUUACAUCAGAGAACCCACACGGGAGAGAGACCCUCUAAGUGCCCUGUCUGCGGGAAAAGUUUCUAUGAGAGAACAGCCCUUAUUCAACAUCAGAGAAUCCACAUGGGAGAGAAACCCUAUGAAUGCAGUGAGUGUGGGAAAAGCUUCACGCGGAAGUAUUCCCUUCUCUUACAUCAGAGAACCCACACGAGAGAGAAAUCCUAG